GGAGUUUACGAUCCAGAGCUUGCGGUUGACCGGGAUUAAUGAUAGUCCGUGAGCUGUUGACCUCCGAGAUUCCGCAAGUCGGUCUCUUGCAUACUGGAAGUGCAUGAGACACCAAAACAAAAGGUAUUUUUUUCUCGUGACAGAUUUAAUCGACGGUUUGGAAAGCUGUCUAUGCCCUGGCUAGCUCCCUCAGACGGGCUACAGAGUCUGGUGCCAUAGGUACGGCCACGCGCACAAGCUAGCUCUCCUUUCCGGUUCGCAGAUUGGCCUUGCUAAGCAACUAUGGCUGUGUCUCCCCUCGUUCCCCGUUCACCUUCCGUGGGGACUACUUCAAAUACUGUUUCCUCAAAGGCCAAGAGCUUGGCCGCUGGUUUUACGUUCAAGCAGGAAAAUAAGCAGGAAAAGGCCGAAUCGUCAUCUGCGCCACCCGCCGCGGAGGGGGAGCUCGCAGAGCAGUUGAACGAAGAUGUCAGACGAAAAUACGUAAAAGAUAAAAAGCUGGGUGAGGGUACUUAUGCUAUUGUGUACCUUGCACAUCUACGAACCGAUCCGUCCUCCCUUUUUGCUAUCAAGAAGAUCAAGGUCAACACCGAGUACAAGGAUGGGCUGUCCAUGGACGCCAUUCGCGAAGUGAAAUAUCUCCAGGAGUUGUCUCACGCCAACAUCAUUGCGCUCCAUGACGUCUUCUCGUCGAAAGACCAGAACUUGAACCUCGUCCUAGAAUUCCUGCCUCUCGGUGAUCUCGAGAUGCUCAUUAAGGACCAGAAUAUACAAUAUGGAGCUGGAGAUGUGAAGGCAUGGAUGGGCAUGCUUUGCAGAGCCGUGUGGUUCUGCCAUGAGAAUUUCGUGCUACAUCGAGAUAUCAAACCGAACAACUUGUUGAUUGCCUCUGAUGGAGAGGUCAAAUUGGCAGAUUUCGGUCUGGCGAGGUCUUUCGCCGACCCAUACCUGAAUAUGACGCAUCAAGUGAUAACCCGAUGGUACCGACCGCCUGAGCUCCUUUACGGAGCGCGACAGUACUCAGGUGCAGUGGACAUCUGGUCCGUCGGGAUGGUCUUUGCGGAACUGCUUAUCCGUGUCCCGUUUGUUGCUGGAAACUCCGAUAUGGAUCAGAUAACAAAAAUAUGCGAGGCUUUCGGCACUCCCACGGAGGACAACUGGCCCGGUGUCACAAAGCUUCCUAACUAUGUACCUGUGGACAAAAACUAUAUCAUACCAGUCAGAGGUCGAGACUUCUACCAGCAGCAGUUUCCUACCGCCGGUCCUGUAGGAGCCGAUCUCUUGAUGUCGAUGUGUCAGUUGGAUCCCAGAAAGCGAAGUACGGCACGACAGAUCCUUGAACAUAGGUGGUGGUUCACUGAGCCCAAGCCGACAAAGAAAGAAGACCUUCCGAAGAAGUCGGGUGGUAGCAAGAAAAUGGGUGAAGAUUUGAGCAGGGCCGGUGCUGAGAGAAUCGACGAUAGUCGGUUCAAAAAUGCUGCAAGACAAUUGGAUUUCGGUGCAAUGAAGUGAGCAAGCCCAACGCCUGACCAGAACGAAUGGCCUGCUUUUGGAAUAUCAUUACACAACUUUGGGGGCAAGAUGGGGC